ACUGUUUCUUCCUCUCUCUUUCUCGAAAGUCAUUUCCAUCAUCAUAUAAGGCUUUAUGCAGAGACGUUCUUGAUUUUUGUAAUAUGUGAUCUUGAGCUUUUCUCGCCAUACUCUAGUCUCCCAUGGCUUCUACUUCUUCUUCUUCUCCGUCACGCAACUGGAGAUACGGCGUCUUUGUGAGCUUCCACGGACCAGACGUCCGUAAAACUUUUCUUAGUCAUUUACGCAAACAGUUUAGCCACAACGGGAUUACCAUGUUCGAUGAUCAUGAGAUCAAGAGAGGCGAAACCAUUGCCCCUGAAAUCUUAAAGGCGAUUUGGGAAUCUAGGAUCUCAAUCGUGGUGUUCUCCAAGAACUAUGCUUCAUCGAGCUGGUGUUUGGAAGAUUUGGUGGAGAUUAUGAAGUGUAGGGAACAACUGGGCCAAAUAGUGAUGACAGUCUUGUAUGGAACAGAUCCAUCUGAUGUGCGUAAACAGACCGGAGUUUUUGGGAGAGGUUUCAAUGAAGCUUGUUCCAGUAAAACAAAGGAGGAGAGGUUAAGAUGGAGCCAAGCUUUGAACGAUGCUGCCAACAUAGUAGGAGAAGACUUCGGAAACUGGGAUAGUGAAGCGGAUCUGAUAGAAAAGGUUUCAAGAGAUGUUUCAAACAGCCUAAAUGCUGCAACAGUCUCUAGGGAUUUUGAAGACAAGAUUGGUAUGGAAGCACAUUUUCAGAACAUGAAAUCUUUGCUACAUUUAGAUACUGAAGAAGGAGCUAUGAUUGUUGGAAUAUGUGGCCCUGUAGGCAUUGGUAAGACUACCAUCGCCAGGGCUUUACAUAGCCAACUCUCUAGACAUUUUCACCUUACUUGUUUUAUGGAGAAUCUUAAGGGGAGCUAUAAUAGUGGUCUUGACGAGUACGGUUUGAUGAUACAAUUACAAGAGCAACUUCUUUCCAAAAUUUUAAACCAAAAUGGUAUGAAGAUAUCCCAUUUAGGUGCUAUAGAAGAAAGGCUAAGCAACCUGAAAGUGCUUAUCAUUCUUGAUGAUGUGGAUGAUCUAAAGCAAUUAGAGGCUUUGGCUAAGGAAACUACUUGGUUUGGUCCUGGAAGUAGGAUUAUUGUGACCACAGAAGACGAAGAGCUCUUGCUGCAACAUAGUAUCGAUUCUAAUUCUACAUACCAUGUGGAUUUUCCUACUAGUGAAGAAGCUCUUGAGAUCUUUUGCAGAUAUGCUUUUAGACAAAACUAUCCGGAUAAUGGUUUUAAAGAGCUUUCAGAAAGAGUAGUAGACCUAUGUGAUAACCUUCCACUGAGUCUCAGCAUGGUGGGUUCAUCUUUACGCGGGAAGAAGGAAGAAGUGUGGGAAAAAGUAAUGCGCAAACUAGAAACUACUACUGAUCAUCGAGAUAUCGAGCAAGUACUAAGGGCCGUAUAUGAACAAUCAUCAUCAUCUAACAAGCGAAAGCGAAAAAGUAAAUCUCGGCAUUUUACUGUAAUGGCCUUCUUCGUCGUCAUCAACUUGCUCCUAGAGAUUGCAUCAGCGGUUACAGACCAGCUCUCUUCCAUACGCAAGCCUUACUUCACAAGAAUGUCCUUAGUAAUGUCAGUUCUCUCUGUUUUCCUCUCCACCCUUGACCUCAGUUACAAAAUCAAAGUGCAGAAAGCUAGUUUCAGAUGCAAGUGGCCUAUACCUUGGUUCUACCUUCCAGCACGUGGCUACAGAAGGAUCUUUGGAAGUUUCACAGAUACGGUCUUAUUGUUCUGUGUUCUUGGUGGGUUAAUAGUGUCGACCAUCAACUAUUGUUUUGUCGUAAAAGGCGAAAACGGUCCAAUCAAAGUAUCAUCAAUUUGGCCUCUCUUCUUUGCCAUUGGUAUGGUAGCCUCCAAGUUCAUGGAGAAGCCGCUCAUUUCCAAGGACUAUUCUCUCUAACCAAAAAAUGUAUUGAUUGAUUUAAACGUUCAACAAUAAAGAGAAAGUGUUUUUUUUUUGUAUAUAUCAAAUUUUACUAACCAAGUGAAUGUAUCUUCAGAGACACU